ACUCUGUAUUUAAAGCAGAAGACGACUUCACUGUGCUUCACAAAUCGCGUGUUUGAACAGUGACUACAAUGAGCAUCUUUUGGUUUAUAACUACACUGCUACUGCUGCACUUCUGCACCCCAGGUGUUGGCGUGGUUCAUAGUAUCGUUAACGGUAAGGUGUCCAUUCCACACAGCCACCCAUACAUGGUCUACAUUCGUGACACACAAACACAUUCAGCAUGUGGUGGAUUUCUGGUAAGGGAAGAUUUUGUGAUGACGGCUGCACACUGCAAAAAAGAUAAUCUCAGGGUGUAUUUGGGUGUUGAUGACACAAAUCGUUUACCUGAGGGUAUAGAGGCCGUUGCCAUUCCACAUCCAGAUUUUGCAAACAAGCAAGGUCAUGACGACAUCAUGCUACUAAAGCUUAAAACAAUAGCAACACUGAACAAGAACGUGAAAACCAUUGGCCUGCCAAAAACUAAGGGAGAGGCGAUCCCAAGUAACUGCAUGGCCAUGGGUUGGGGCUGGAAAGAAUACACUCACACAUCUCCAUCAAAUGUCCUGAGAGAAGUAAACUUGACUCUUAUUCAAAACUGUGACACAUCUGACCUUAUAUGCACUGAGGGAGAAUCCGGACCAUCACAGGGAGACUUUGGCGGUCCACUUAUUUGUGGAAAUGUCCCACACGGCAUUGGGUCUUACUACAUUAACAAGGGGGCUACAGGCAUUAUGAUGUAUAGUAAAAUCUCUCACUACCUUCCAUGGAUUCAUGAAAUAAUGAAUGUACACGAACUAUGGAAGUCAAAGCUGGAUGCAUUUAACAUAUCUGAUAUUAGAGUGUGUAUGAUUGUAAAAAUGUCCACUCCAUAAGCCUGAUCAAAUUAUUACUUUCUGCAGCUACAACCUACAUGGUUUACUUGUAUAGAGCUCGGGAAUCUGAUGUCACAGACGAAAUGAAACGCAAUGCAUUCUGGGAGUUUUUGGUCAGGAAGUUGUGUUGGACGCUGUGUAGACUGGUAAAGUAGCUGCCAAAGUUUGCAUUUUACUGACUAAAAGAUGUUUAAAUAGCAAAAACUCUAGCUGUGUAAUUAACUGUCAUUACCGCAGUAACGAUCGGCGUAGAAAAUUAAGUUAAUCCUAAAAGAAGUGCAAUUUAUUUUCCCUUUUCUCGGUUACAGUAACUUACGCUGAAACUCAGAUUUCCGAGUUAACAAAACAGCAACACACAAGGCCGCCUUAAUGCACGGGCUUACCUGGGCUGAAGCCCAGGGGCCUCUCAAGUUCAGGGGCCUCCCAAGUUCACGUUCAUAUUGUUUUGUAACUCGUCAGGUUAUCUGUCAAUCACUCUAACUGCACGUUACAUGACUGCUGAUUCGUCCGUGGUAACUUACCGUGAAAUAAAAUAUCAGACGUAACAGAUUUUUCUAUUCCGCGUAAUGUGCGCGUUUUCAACUUGGCAUUCCUGCAUGUUAGACUGAGUGUGACAGAGAAACGGGAAAUAAUACACCAACAAA